AUGAAUCUCAAUGACAUCAAACAGAACAUCUCCAAGGACCAGCCCACAUUGGUCCGAUGGUAUAUCGAUGUUAGACGCUGGGAUGAAAAAUCCUCUGAUCUGCCUCUUCUCAAUACAUUAACUCAGUCUGAUCAAGCAGCCGUCAAGAAGUACUAUCAAACAUCGGACAAGCGCCUGUCCUUGGCGUCCCAGCUCCUGAAAUAUUACUACGUUCAUCAAGCCACUGGCACUCCCUGGAAUAAGAUUGAGAUCCAGCGUACUCCCAUUCCAGAAAAUCGUCCAUUCUACGACUCGAGCCUUGAUUUUAAUGUAAGCCACCAGGCUGGCCUCACUUUGUUCGCAGGCACGCGUGCCGCAACAGCCCAUUCCGGUGAACCUCAAGGUCUGCCUCGCGUGGGUAUUGACAUUGCCUGUGUCGAUGAGCCAUCUCGUCGUCGCUCCAAUCGUCCCCCAAAGACACUUGCUGACCUGGCAAAUUUUGUGGAUGUUUUCACUGAUGUUCUCUCCCCCCGUGAGCUUGCGACCAUCAAAAGCCCCUACGCGACUCUCCAAUUGGCUCGUACGCUUGGUCUCAAUAAAAGUGACCCCAGCAAUGACAACGAGGAAGUUCUUGCUGCCUACGGCGUUCGGCUGUUCUACUCAAUUUGGGCUCUCAAGGAGGCUUACUUGAAAAUGACCGGAGACGGCCUUCUGGCCACCUGGAUAAAGGAUCUGGAAUUCACAAACGUCGUUCCUCCCGAACCCGUCCAGAAGCUCGAAUUCCCUAGUCGACCUCUCACUCCUGACACUCUCAUCGUGCCCUCCGUCCAGAAUUGGGGCCGACCUUACUCCGAUAUUAAAAUAUCCAUAGGUGGCAUUCCCAACCAUUCUGUGCGCGUUCAGCUCGUCAGCUUCGAGUCCGACUACAUUGUCGCCACAGCUGCCUCGGGCCCCAAUAUUGGAACUGUCACGCGGCAGGUAGUCGUAAUUGACAGCGGUCACGACCUGCCCGGGUGCGUCGCAGUCCCGGACCCCGAGAAUGGAUAUCAGGAUGUCCGUAUUGCUCCUCUUGCGCUUCGCAUAGUCGGCGACCCGGACCCCUGGCGGAUGCAAUCAAAAAUCAGCGACCCCUGGUUACCCAUGCAGGAGGUUGAUCUUGACAUCGAUAUCCGGCCAUGUGCCGAGGGACGCUGCGAGCACAUCUGGAAUCCACCUUGUUCCUAA